UUGGGACGGUAUCACAUAGUUUAUGAAGUUAGAUGUGUCCUAAAAUGUGAGUUUGAUCGUAUCUUUAACAUCAGUUGAUGAAAGGAGCUUAUUUUCAAAAAAACACAACAACAACACAGUGAUUAGAAACACAUCUCAGAUUGGAUAAUCAUCUCGGACUUAAAUUAGAAAAAUAAAACUGAUUUACUUUGAAGACGUUAUCAACUCGUUUAAAUGCAAAUAUAAAAAUCCAUUUAGAAAAGGAUUUAAUCUGAAAGUGGAAUCGCAGUGAAGUUUGAUUGUUGGCGAACGUUUGUGCAAUCAACCUACAAUAAACAAGCUCAAACUUCAGAUAAUCGUGGAUAACAUGGAAACAUAUACCCGGAAAGCAUGAUUGUAUUAGUAAUCAUUACGUAUACCAAUGCAAAACAACAAAACACAAAACUGUCAGAGAGGCGUAGAAAGGAGCAUUACAUAAUUGGGAUUGACAUUUGAAUCCUAAACAAUUGAAGGUAGAACAAUUGAGGAUCAUCAUUUAUUGAAACAGACAAUCACAGCAUGUAGUGAAUAUUUACUAGAAAGUCAAAUUCAAGAUUAACAAUAUGUUUUUGUACUUGCAUAAACUACAAAGCAGCCAAUGCUUAUCUAAAAGUGAAGUACGUAGCAACAGUUGCAGUCCUGACAUUAGUUGGACGGCAGUUGUUGUGUGUUGGGUACUUUGAUAUGCUCCUGAAGAAGCUCGCGUUCAAUAGAUAUGGUUAAGGAAAUCUCUUAUAAUAUUGUGGGAACCAAUUCAUUUAAAUUUGAAUAUUGACAAUUGGGACCAGUGUACAAUUUUAACAGCGAUCGGAUAAAAUACCUGGAUCAAUUAGCUCGUGUUUUACUAAUGGUAAAUAACACUUAAUUGCAUCAUUAGGAUUGUCUUGUAAUUAAAAAAUGUCUCAUUCAAAUUGAUAUAUUGUUCAUCAUUCAUUUAAUUUUAACCUUAGUUCGUGUUCGUUUGUGUGUUUAAACUAAGGAGUGCAGGAACGCGGAUUGUACUCGUUGUUUGACUGGCGAAUAUAAUUCAGUGUUUAGUUAACUGCUCAAGAAGGAAUAAGGAACAAAAAUGGUGUUUUGGGGUUAUUGCAACAUGGAUAAGCGUCCGGGAAAUAGACGAGAAUUAAGUCACAGGCGGGUGAAAAUGGCAGUAAUAAUAGAUGCCCUACUGUUCCUGAUAGUGGGCAUUCCGGUAUUGUUUCUUUUCCUAUGGGGGACGCCGUUCGAGCGUGGUUUCAUAUGUGAUGACCCAGCUCUUUCACUCCCUUUCCGGUCUGAAACAGUCUCUACUACCGUUUUGACUAUAGCUGGCUUCAGCGUCUCAAUUCUUGUGGUUUUGAUUGUUGAGGUCCUAAAUACAGCAGAACGGAAGUGCCAACGUCCGUGCCAAAGUGCAGAGGGACUGGGCUUCUGUAUGAAUGGCUACAGCGUCUUCCUCGUGGGCUUCGUGCUACAACAGCUAGUUGUUGAAUUCGUGAAAAACCAGCUAGGAUCACUCCGACCGAAUUUCUUCGACGUCUGUCGACCGCAGUUUAACCAAUCAUUUUGUCCGGGGUACGUUAGCAAAUACACGUGUUCCGGAAGUGAGCACGGACCGGAUGAGAUUCGGGAAAGCCGACUGUCGUUCCCUUCGGGUCACGCGUCAUUUUCAAUGUAUAUUGCAAUAUAUUUCUGCUUUUACAUCCAGCGACGGCUACACGUGACAUUUUCCCGGAUUGUUAAACUUUUCUUACAAUUUGGACUCGUCUUCCUCGCUGUGGUCUGCGGUCUAAGCCGUAUCCAGGAUAACAAACAUCAUCCCGCAGAUGUCAUCGUCGGAUUCUUCGUCGGAUUAACUACAGCAGUACUUGUGUUUCACUUCGUCGGCGAUAAGAUUCUUCCAGUCAGAGACGAUUCAGAAAGUCUUUCUUUCCAGUUAACAGAUGAAAAACGAUGUUGUUGCUCAUGUGGAGCAACGACUCCUACAAUCGCUGAACUACAGUCACCAGCACCGCUGCUGCCCAACGAAUACUUAAGUGACAUGUCACAUGUAAAUGGAAGCGUUCAUAAAUACACGUGUAGUUUCAAAUUAAAUGAGAAACCGACUGUAAGGCAUCAUAAGUCUACACCUAUUACACCUAGUCGACGAGUGGAAGACGUUUAAAGUAUGAGAAAACGUACAGUACUUUGAAUUAUUCAUGCUCACUUGCAGUUUCUUUCUUAGAUGUUCGAAGACGUUAUAAGGAUAUCUUCUUUGCCAUAUCGACCAAAUUAAACUUGAUAUUCGUUUUUAUGAGAGUGCUGAAUGUAACGGGUACAUUCAAUCGUUUGUAUGAUGAUCAAGCUGAUGUUCGGCUGCGAUAUCAGGCUUUUUUGGAUUUGCCAGACAUAGAUGAUUUGAGCAUUUUAACUUCUUACGGUACAAACUGUGAUAACAAUGAUUAUAUGUUUUAUCUUUUGUUCCAGAUAUAGUUUGCUUUCAAUUUAAAUUAUUAACAUUACAAACCAAGUAUCUUUUUCUGAUUUUUUUAUCCUUAUAAAUAAGGUAAUUCAAAAAAGAAUAAAUCGCAGGCAUUUGUACGCCACUGUUCAAGUUCUUGUUCAUGCACUUGUGCAUGGAAAUUAAUAAAUACUACACAGUUAAUAAAAGAUGAGAUGGUUUGGCGAUUUAGAAAUGUAAGUGUACGAAAUCGUAAUUAUUUUCGUAUUAACAAAAGUAUUGUUAUUUCAAUUUAUAAACGAAGCCAGUGUGUGUGUUCUAAGUAUUAAGUUAGUAUUUAUCAUGAACUUAAUACGUGAGCGAGUUUAAGUGUCGGCUUGCACAUUUCUUGUUAAAUUUGUUGUCUUGUUUUCGCAUUUUUUCUGAACAUCUUUUUUGGAUUUUUUAGCCUUAAUACUGCAUUUCUUUACAUUAUAAAACACUUUGUCUGUUGAAUAAACACGAGGAACUCAU